ACUCUCUUAGCAACUUUCAAAUAUUAAUAUUUCAGUAUUAACUAUAGUCAUCAUGCUGUGUAUUAAACCCCAUGACUUAUUUUGUAACUAAAUGUGUGUACCUGCAAAAGGUUAAAUUUUCUAAAGCAAAUAAAUACUGCUAAGUUGUUCUGCUCUGUGCAACACAUUUUCUUGGUCUCAUUGUCAUGUUUCUAUCCAAUUUAUUCCUUGCCUUACAGUUAAAGGCAAGGUUGAUCUGGAAAAGCUGAUGAAUGAAGUGAAAUCUUUUUCGGGAGACAAAGUUGAUGCCAAUAGACUUGAAAGUGUUUUCGAAAACUUGGGGAUUAAGCUCACACCUAAUGAACAUUUGAACUUGCUGAAGACACUGCUACUUGAUGCUGAUGGAAAAGUGUAUAAGAAAAGGUUGAUGAAGGGCAUAAAGUCUCUCAAACGAGGCAGUGUUGAUGUCAGUAAGCUGGACACUCUUUUAGAAACAUGGGAAUCAGCAUCACAGAAGGAGAAUUCAUGGAUCUGAUAGAAAGAUUGCCAGAUGAUGAUAAAGGGAAGGUCAAACUAGAUACGUUGAUUGAAGAAUUGAGUUCUGUUUUAGGAAAGCAAGUUGAUGUCAGUGAUGUAGACAGUGCUCUGAAAGACAUGAAAGUUGAGGUCACAGACAAGGAAUACUUUAAUUUAGUAAAAACUCUACCAGUUGAUGCUGAAGGAAAGGUUUAUCAAAAAAGGCUGCUGGAUGGUGUGAAGGCUCUUCAAAGAGGAAAGGUGGCUAUGAAUAACCUCGUCCCAUUUCUGGAAAAUAUGGGGAUUAAGCUGUCACACAAAGAACUUGAAGAUUUUUCACAAAACCUACCAGUUGAUGGUGGUGGGAAGGUUGAUCUGAAAAAUGUGACAAUGAAAAUGAAAGAGUUUACAGGAGAAAAGAUUGAUGCCACAGAUCCAAAAAACAUUCUUGGAGACAUGGGGAUAGAAGUCAACGAUAAGGAAUGUCUGGAACUACAAAAAUUACUACCCGCUGAUGAUGACAACAGAGUUUUUCAGAAUAGAUUGCUGUCAGCUUUGAAGUCUUUCAAAGGAGGAAAGAUUGAUGCUAAUAACCUGAACACAGUUCUGAGGAACAUGGGGAUCAAGCUCAAAAAUAAGGAAUUUAAAAAUGUGAUACAAAAUCAACCUGUUGAUGCUGAUGGAAAUGUUUCUCUGAAAAAAGUGAUGAGUGAUGUGAAAGCAGUUACAGGCAAGUUACAAGUUAUCAUAAAGAUUAAAAUUCUAAUUCUUUAA